AUGGCUUUCUACGACAAAGAGCAUCUCCGAAAUUUGAAUGUCGUCAAUCGAGAUCACGAUUCGCUAACGGGAAAUCAGCGUACCUCGGUCAAAGAUGUCGAUGAUUUUCUGGUACAAGAGGACAAACUGCGAGCAGAGUUUCACGAAAACACAAAAGUGAUAACAAAAGGACAAAAAAUUAUUGGCGAGUACACGGCGCUCAAUGGAUUGGUUCCAAAAAUCGAAACAGCCCAUCAGCGAUCAUCCGAACAAAUCAAAAAGUUGAAGUCGCAUCUCGAAGAAGAAAGAAAAUGUGUUAGUGAUGCGUACAAGAAAUGUGCGAUAGACGAUCGAUCACAAGCGGAAGCUCUUGAAGCUCUCAAAAUUCGAUGGGAAGAACAAAUGGAGAAAAUCGACAAUGCCUUGGAAGAGCAUCGCCCAAUCGAUCUGGAGGAAGGUCGAGAGAAGUAUGCUAGUCUUGUUGCAAAAAGCGAAUUAACUGGCGUCGCACUUGAAUCGUUAGACGACAUGGCCAAGGAAUUUUUGGCUUUGAAAAUGGAGCUAAAAAAACAGACCGAACAAAAACAAGAAGCAAAGGAACGUGAACGCAAAAUAGCCGAAGAGACAGCGUUUUUGAAGGAGCGAAUCAUCACUGAAUGUCCCCAACUCGCGGAUUUGCUCGAACAAUUUUUGAAUAGGAAC